AUCAGUAACCAGAGUAUAAGUACCAGCAGCAGCUCAGAGUGUGAGACACGGGGACAGAGCGGUGAACCGGUUAACAGUGGAAUCAUGAGGACGAUGCUGCUGCUGCUUAUGUUGAGCGUCGGGCUGAACUCAGCCUCAGCUGCGAAGCUGGGUGUGGUGCAGACGGAGGGGGGGCAGGUGGAGGGUAAGAGUCACAGGAUGGGUCUGUUCAGGUCCGUAGAUGUCUUUAAAGGAAUCCCCUUCGCUGACGUCCCUGGAACAUGGGACAAACCAAAACCUCACCCCGGAUGGAGCGGAAUCCUGAAGGCCACAAAGUAUCGAGAUCGCUGCCUUCAGGUGACGCUGCUGCAGACAAAAACCCGGGGCAGCGAGGACUGUCUCUACCUGAACAUCUUUGUUCCACAGGGACGAAAAU